UCAUCAUCUUCGGCGGCGGUGUCUUCUUCAUCAACUUUGUCUCCGUCGUCUUUGUCUCCAUCGUCUUCAUCGUCAUCUUCUUCUUUGACAUCUUCGUCAUCUUCUUCAUCGUCAUCUUCACCGUUGUCUUCUUCUUCGUCAUUGUCUUCGUCGUCGUUGUCUCCGUCGUCUCCGUCGACGUCUUUGUCGUUGUCGUCUUCGUUGUUGUUCUUCAUCUUCUUCUUUGUCAUCGUCGUCUUCGGCGGCGGCGUCUUCUUCUUCGUCAUCUUCAUCUCCUUCAUCGUCAUCUUAUAA